AUGAGCUUUGAUGUCAAAUCUGAAAGUUUCACUCCGAUUAAAUAUCCGGAGGGUCUUUCUCAUUUGGAGUUUGAUAUGAUACCUUAUGACGGAAGGCUAGCCUUGGUUACUUAUAGCUCUGACUUAGGUAAAGUUGAUCUCUACAUUUUAAAGGAUGCAGAUGACACCGAUGGAAGCAUCAAAGCGAUCUUUACAUAA